AUGCGAUUGUACCCACCAGUACCGAUUGAUACAAAAGCUUGCAGCAACGACGACAUCUUGCCGGACGGGACAUUUAUCGGCAAGGAAUGGUUUAUUUCGUAUCAUACAUAUGCGAUGGGGCGAAUAGAGAGUAUAUGGGGUGAGAAUUGCAAUGAAUAUUUGCCCGAAAGGUGGCUCGAAAAUGGAAUUUACCGGCCAGAAAACAUGUUUAAGUUUCCGGUUUUCCAUGCUGGACCGCGAAUGUGUCUGGGGAAAGAUAUGGCAUAUAUUCAGAUGAAAUCAAUUGCGGCAUCUGUGAUCGAGAGGUUCGUGAUCGAUGUUCAGAAUAGGGAUAAGUUUCCGGAGCACGUGUUAUCUUUGACUCUAAGAAUGAAAGAUGGGUUACACGUGAGGGUGAAGGAAAGACGUGUGGACGUGAUCAAUUGA